CCGUCAAAAUCGUAUUGAAUAUUCCUUUUAUUAAUUUAUUAUAGACUAUCAAUAAUAAAAUGGUGUACAGUAAACAUUAAUAACUGUUGUUUGACAUAAAUUAUGCUAAUUUUACCAAAGUUAUAUAUAACUUAUUGAAUAAAGUGAACCUAACAUAGUACUUUCUCCAUUAGAAAUGUUGAUACAAAAAUUAUUUGUAAUUAUUUGAAAGCACAUUAAUAACAUAUUGCCCUCCUUCAAAAGACUCAGUCAUGAUGUCUGAUGAUGGAAUGGAGAAUCGACAUGGACCGCCUGGGAUUAACUCACGCUCCCUCAGCGCAGCACACUCCGCUGCAGAUUUGGAGGUGCUUCGUGAGAUAGAGAACGUAUAUUUCUCUUCACCGUCGGAGUUCGACGCUGGGCGGUACGUGUUGGAGCAUGCACCGUCGCCACUAACAUGCGACGCCAUAGAGCAGAUGUUCAGCAAACUGAAACGGCAACAGCAGGUAGUGUCCGGUAAAGCCCUUCAUUUAAUAUCACAACAGCGCGACAACUGCGAUCGCGAAUUCGCCGAAAUACAAAACAUCCGCCAACAUUUGUCACAAACAUUGGAAACGUGUCGCAAAGCUAGGGACCACUUACGAAGCGCCUCCAACCACCUCACAAUCUCAACAUUUGUCAUACUCGCAAACUUUAGAAAGAGACAAAUUAUACGUUCUGUACUUAAAUCUUUAGAAUUAUUAAGAAGUUUACGCAGUGUUGAAGAAGACGUAGCAGAUUUAAUGGAAAAGAAAGAGUAUUACGAAGCUAUAGAGCUUAUUUUGAAAAGUCGGAAAGCUGCUGCUAGCCACAACGAGUAUACAUGCAUUGCGGAUCUGACGACUAGACUCCAAGACACGUUAGAUAUGACAGAAGAGAAAUUAGACUCAGUGCUCUCAAAGAUAUGUUAUAAUUUCGAUGAGCACAUCUUUAGGAAACUUAAAAAGGCAUACACACUAUUAGGGAAGAUGCAAGCCGCUAUGGAACAGUUGCAUAUGCAUUAUUCCUCAGCAGUUAAUGAAUAUGCUAUUGAAGCAGUUAAACCAUAUGUAGGAGAUGUGACAAUAGAAAUGAAGUUCCAAGAUCUAUGUCAAGCAGUGCAAACAAAUAAAGCACCUGUGUGCCUUUUAAAUUUGUGCGAGAAUCUCUUUCUCAUAAUGAGGAGUUAUUACCUUUUAGUAAAUUGGCAUUCCAAGCAUGACGGUGAAGAAACGGCAUCGAGUUCUAAUAACGUUUUCGAAAUAGAAAAGAAUGUUAGUAGAGAAUACAUUAGACAAAAAUUAAAAGCGGGUUUGAUUAGAAUUUGGCAUGACGUACAAGCCAAAGUGUCUACCUUUUUGAAAAGCUCUGGACUAGAAGAAUAUCCAUUUGAAAAGUUCAUACAAAUGCUAGGCAUACUUAGGAAACUGACGCAAGUGGCCGAAGUGUUUUGCGGCGACAAAUCAGAUAUCCUUCAAGAUUUUAUAAAGACAAAUAGUGUGUUGUAUAUAAAAAACUAUCACAGAGGUCGUAUGGACGAGUUGAAAUUAUUUUUAGAGAACGAGGGCUGGGAACAAUGUCCUGUCAAGUCUACUUUCAACCUUCUAAUGUUGCAAGAGUUCAAACUGUUCAAAAAAUACCUCACCUCAUUCAGAUCUGACAAGUCCAUUUCGAGACCCCAAUCCGAUGGGACUUCUUCAGUGCAUUCACAGGAAGACAGUGUGUAUAUAAAGAAAUACUUUACUGAAAAAACAAAGCAUACACCGUUUGAAAUAUUCCGAAGCGAAAACGUCACAAACGAUGAUAUUUUCGGUCUAGAGCCUGAAUUCGACCCGAGUGAUGAGUCUGAUGAUGAAUUAGAGGUAUAUAGAGAUUUAAUCGAAGACGCCGACAAAGACGAGUAUAAUACAAAUGAAAAAAUCAUCGAGAGCCCUUCAAAAGUUAAGAACAGUGUUAUUGUAACAAACACGACGUUGUCAGUCUUAAGAAAUUGCGGACAAUACUUGCAAAUUUGCAGAUAUCUCCCUCAAAUUUCUUUGGAGGUGGUCAUGUUCAUGAAUCAACUGUUUGAUUACUAUUUCUACACGGUACACCUCUUCUUCACUUCAGAUUUAGAAGUAGCGUCGUCUACUUUGUACAGUACAAAAUUGAAUGCAGUCCUCAAAAGAAUAUCUAAUAAUAUACAAACAAAUCUUGGAGCCGGCGACAAUGAUGGCAAGACGUAUUUGUGUCCCGAAUUACCUCAGCAUUUAACCCUGUCUUCUGAAGAAACAUUGCACGGACUUAGCGAAAGAAUUGUUGCAGUAGAAAGUGUAAUAUUUCUAGCAAACCAAUAUGAACUUCUUCAGCCGUAUUUAGAGUCUAUUGUCGCUCAACAUCAGAGGAUGAUAUUAGAGCAUUUUAAGGAUAACACACUAGCUGUUGUAAGUGAUUUACGUUUGCCUGUAUAUAUGUGUUCCGCGUCAAAAGCUGUUGACGCUAGAUCGUCGUUAAUAGCAAUGUCUCAAGUGAAAUGGGACGUCAAAACUGUGGCAGUAGACCACAGUCCAUACGUAGAUAUGAUAACCCGGAAAAUUCAAGUGUUCGCGUUACGUUUGGAGAAUAUAUCGACGAAGGUCACUUUAAAUUUGGAAGUGUUAAAUUCAAUUUGGUCCAUGGUCGCAAAGUUUGUUGUACAUUUACUAGUAGAGGGCUUCUCGAACGCGACCAAAUGUUCGAACGGCGGUAGGGGACUAAUGCAAUUGGACUAUAGACAAUUGUUUGUGAAAUUGGAGAAGAUAUCAGGUUUAAAACCAGUGCCGUACCAAGACUAUGUAGAUAGGUAUGUGAAAGCGUAUUAUUUGCCUAGGAAAGGCCUAGAAGACUUUGUUAGGGAACGGACAGAGUUUUCAAACAAACAUUUGCUGGCGUUAGUGACAUCGGCGUGUGAGAAUAAAAGAGAUAGGCAAGCGUUAAUUGCAAUUAUCGAAAGCAGAGAUGCCACGAAUACUUAAUCAUAUUUUAUUUUAGAAUGUUGUUCAUGUUGUAAUCUCCAUUUGAUAUCUUUAUAUCUCAUUCCAUAAUAUCACUUAUUAUAAUUAUUGUAAGGUAUAAAAUCCAAUGAAUCUCUGGAAUCAGUGAUGUGAAUAAUAAUUUAUAAGCAUAGCAGAUUUAUCGAUUAUCGAUACAGAUCA